AUGGUGCGGCAAUCAGCGGCGCGGGCGGCAGAGGGGGGCGGAAAUCGCCAGCAGAGCAGGCUUCUGGACGAGAGCGACGCCGCCACGCCCACGCCCACACCGAGCACGAGCACGACGACCGCCGUCAAGGACGAGGAUGCUGCGUCCGCGAGCACCAAGAAGCGGAAGCUUGGCGGUGCCAGCGGGCGCGGCGUCGCGAACCUAACGCCGGAGCAGCUUGCCAAGAAGCGUGCCAAUGAUCGCGAGGCGCAAAGGGCCAUCCGUGAGCGCACCAAGAACCAGAUCCAGACGCUGGAGCGCCGCAUCGAGGAGCUCACCGGCCUGCAGCCAUACCAGGAGCUUCAGGCCGCGCUGGAGGCCAAGUCGGCCGUUGAGCGGGAGAAUGUAGAGAUGCGUCAGCGGCUCGCCUCCAUCGUCGGCAUGCUGCAGCCCUUGAUUGGCCAAUUACCUAAAGAUACACCCGCGGCCUCCAUGGAGCAGCAGCGCGCAGAGAAUGACGACGCCCGAGAGACGACAGAACUGGACAGACGCACACACUCACCACCGCGGUCGCGCCAGCAGCCGAAGACGACGACGACGACGACGACGACGACGACCGGCUGCUCCACGCCGGCAGACAUCAACGGCCACCAGGCUGCGCAGCGCCUCAGCGACCUCGGCCAGCAGCGGGAACAGCUCCGGCACGGGCUCGACAUGGGGCCGGAGCGGCUCGGGCUCGGGUUCCUGCUCGACGCCGGGCACCAAGUGUCGCGGAUCGACGGUGGCGGUGCGGUCGACGCGGACGGGUCACCAACCACCUUUCGCUACCCUGCGCUCUACACCCAGCAGCAGGGGCAGCAGCCGCACACGCCAUCCGUCGCCGGCAGCGCCAGCGCCUCCCCGGGGCCGUCCACCGUUUCCUCCACCUACCGACCCCCACCACCACCGCAGUCGUCGUACAGCAGCCACGCCUUCCCGUCUGGGUAUCCGUACCGCGGCCCGCAGAGCACCGCCGACGACUACGACGAGGAGCACGACAACUACGACGACAACGACGCCGCCAGCAACGCCGACGAGCCCAUCGACGCCGGCAACGGGGCCACCAUCCCGCGCUACGCCGCGCCGCUGCGCACCACGCCGCCCACGUGCCCCCUCGACGCGCUUCUUCUCGACUUUCUGCACGAGCGCCGGCAGCGCGCCGCCGAGGGCCGGCCCGCGCACGAGGUCCUCGGCCCGCGGUACCCGUCCGUCUCGUCGCUCCUCAACCCCGCGCGGCGCGCCCACCCGCUCUCGCGCGUCUUCACCGACAUCCUGGCCGCCUUCCCCGCGCUGUCCGGCCUGCCCGAGCGCGUCGCCGUGCUCUACGUCAUGUUCCUGCUCAUGCGGUGGCAGGUCGCCCCCACGCGCGCCAACUACGACCGGCUGCCGCCCUGGGCGCGCCCCCUCCGCGCGCAGCUCCGCGACCCCCCGCACCCGCCCUGGGUCGACCACCUUCCCUUCCCGCGGAUGCGCGCCGCCCUCCUCAGCUCCGGCGGUGGUAACGGGUACCCCGCGUUUGACAGGUUCGCGCAGGCGUACACGGCGACGCUGUCGCUGUCGUGGCCGUACAGGGACACGGACGCGCUCCUGCAGAGCCCAAACGCCGCCGCGGACGAUGCGGACGAGCUGCUAAUCAACCCCGUGUUUGAGCGGCACCUGCGUAACCUGGACAACUGGAAGCUGGGCGGCGCGUUCGCCCGCGCGUUCCCGGCGCUGGCAGAAGCGGGCAACGUGCCAGAGGCGGAGCUCGCGGCUGCGAGGGCGGCACAGUCGCCGGAGGUGUAA